AUGAAAAUUUUAGAAACAAGUACUCGUUUAUAUUUAACUGUUAUCAAACAUUUAUUAAUUGAAAAUAAUUUAUCGAAUUUUGUUAUUGAUGCUUGUAUUGCAUCAAAUCAUUUAGAUCUUCUUAUUACAUUUCUUCAUCAACCAAUUGAUAUUGAUCUAAAUCAAUUAUAUACUAAAUCAAAUGAUGAUUCAUUAUAUAAUAAUAGAAAAUUCAUCAUUAAAAUCAAUUUAAAAUUUUUACUUGAACUUGAUACUGAUGUUAAUUUUUCUGAUGAAGAAAAACGAAUAACAUUGAUAUAUGAUGUUCGUCAGAACAAUAUUGAUAUGGUGAAAUUACUUCUUAAUAAAAUUUAUAAUCCAAAUGAUAAUCUUCAUUAA